AUGAGUCAAUUAAGUGAAAAAUUUCUUUCAUUUCAUUUAAUUGAAGUAAAAAAAAAACCUGAAUCAAGUGUAAUAACAAUAGAUGAUGUUGUUUAUAUUAUUGAUAGUUGUAAAGUUAAACAAAAAUUAUUUUUAUCACAUAAUAAUAUGACAAAUUAUGUUACUAUUUGGGCAUCAAAAAUAAAUUUAACACAAAGACGUAGUCGGGCAGGAAGAACAAGAACUGGUUGUUGCUUUUAUUUACGUCCUAAAACACGUUAUGAACAUUUAGAUAGUUAUUUAUUACCAGAAAUAUUUCGUACACUACUACAUGAACUUGCAUUAGCUAUUAAAUUAUUAAAAUUAGGUGAUAUUAAAGCUUUUUUUAUCUAA